AUGAAGAAGAAGCUAAAGUUGAGGCUGAGCCUCAUCCUUCAUCACCUUCUCCUCCACGGACCUAGCCUUCGUCUCCUCCACUAUCGAUCCGGGCUCAACCACGAUCUGGAACUACACCAGCGUCUGUUCCUGCCCUAUCAACAGAGCCUCAGCCUCGUGUUCCUCACUGUACCCAACCUGCCACCAACAGUCACUCUCGCGGUCUUGACACCCAUCAACCUCCAAUACCAUAUCGCAAGGCAAGGCAAGGCAAGGCAAAAAGGUCCUGUUUAA